AUGGCAAAUCAUGCCCUUCAGCCUGAGGACACCUGUCAGUUUCUGUCAAUCAGCAUCACGGUGCAGGGCAAGGUUAAAUACACAGGUGAAGUGAUAUAUAACUAUGACUAUGUGGAUGAUGAAGAAGGGGAGAGAAAGAAGGAGGUGGAGGAAAGAGACAUCGCCCAUUCAAAGAUAGAGUGGUUUGAUUCUCGCAGUAGACACAGGAGGAACACUGAUGAGAACCAGAAGACAGAUGUGGAGUAUGUGGUCUGUGUCAGCCAUGACCUGAGCAGGAACCUCUCUGGCAUGGCUAUCGCUGACAUUACGCUGCUUAGUGGCUUUGAGUCAGUGACUGCAGAUCUGGAAAAGAUUCAGGCCCCAGAGGGAAUAUCCGUACAAAUAAAAGGUCAUAUAAUUAUCCAAGCUCGUGUCUGCAACACCAAUGACACUGCUCCAGAGGAAGAGUUGGAGUUGGAUGGAGAUGAGAUAUUGUAUAUCGACUUUAAAAACAAAGAGAUCAUUCUUACCCUGCCUGACUUUGCUGAUAAGUUGGGGCAUUCUGAAGGCUGGUAUGAACAAGCACAGGGGGCGCAUGCUAUCUGCCUUAAUAACUUGGAUGUGUCUGUCAAAGCUCAAAAAUCCCCACCUGAGGCAAUAGAUCCUCCUGAGAGCACAGUCUAUGCAAGGGAGGAAGUUGAGCUGGGGAAGAAGAACAUCCUGAUAUGCUUCGUGAACAAUUUCUAUCCCGCUCCUGUCAAAAUGACGUGGACCAAGAAUAAUGCUGAAGUGAAGGAUGGAGUGACUCUAAGCCGCUACUAUCCCAACCGUGAUUUUACCUAUCAACAGUUCUCCACUCUGAGCAUCACUCCUGAGGAGGGGGAUGUCUACUCCUGCACUGUGGAGCACAAGGGGCUUGAAGAUCCCUUAACCAAGAUCUGGGAGCCUGAAGUUAACACUGAAUCAGACAUGGGAGCAACAGUGUUCUGUGGAAUCGGACUGACCCUGGGUCUGCUGGGAGUGGGAGUUGGAACUUUUUUCCUCAUAAAAGGAAAUAACUGCAACUAAAAGAGGUCUUCAUGAGGAUUCAAGGCCAAGCCAUGAAGAAGACUUAGCUAUUACUCAUGAUCAGGGUGUUAAAAUAAAUUUCCUUUAUGUUGUAAA